AGGUUCCUAAGAAUUAACUACCAAACCUAACCUACCUGUUCUAAAUCUGGGCGGAAACGUCGAUGUGGGUGAUGCCGACUCGUUCCAACUCUCACCUUCUUCCACUCUUCACGUUAUUCACAUUCACAUUCAAAUUCAAACCCUCUUCUUCAGCACUAUGAAAUGAAGAAGGCACCAUUGCUUAUUCACCACAAUUGUUAUUGGCAACAAUGGAAAUUCCACUCUCCCGUUACCAAACCUUCUCGUUCGACCAGUUCCAAAACCCUUGUCGAUUUUCCUUUCUGGGUUCUUCCUAUUCCCGGAACUUUUCCUAUUCCUUCUUUGGGCGCUGUUUAGCCUUAAAGGUGAGGAAUUGGAGCAACCCCUUUUUCCGGAUUUGUUGUUCUUCCUCCAUGGAACAACGGCUGCGACCCAAACCCGAGAAAAUUGAGUAUGAGGAUAGACGAGUGCAAGUUUUGGAUGAUACCCAGAUCAGGAAAUCAUUCUCUUCUGGGCUCUGUAGUCAGAUAGAGAAGUUGGUUUUGUGUAAUAGGUACCGGGAGGCAAUGGAGUUGUUUGAAAUUUUGGAACAUGAACAUGAUGGUUCUGAUGUGGGUAGUAGCACAUAUGAUGCUUUGGUGAAUGCUUGUCUUGGUUUGAGAUCGAUUAGAUGCGUUAAGAGGGUGUUUAAUUAUAUGAUCAGUAGUGGGUUUGAACUUGAUUUGUAUAUGAUGAACAGGGUUUUGCUUAUGCACGUGAAGUGUGGUCUGAUUAUUGAUGGACGCAAGCUGUUUGGUGAAAUGCCGGAGAGAGACACAGUUUCCUGGAUGACUAUGAUUGGUGGUCUUGUGGAUUCUGGGAAUUAUCCUGAGGCUUUUAGGUUGUUUUUAUGUAUGUGGGAAGAGUUUAACGAUGGCAGAUCUCGCACUUUUGCCACCAUGGUUCGGGCAUCGGCUGGAUUGGGUCUUAUUCAGGUGGGCAGACAAAUUCAUUCCUGUGCUUUGAAAAAAGGGUUGGCUGAGGAUAAUUUUGUGUCUUGUGCAUUGAUUGACAUGUACAGCAAGUGUGGUAGCAUUGAAGAUGCCCAAUGUGUAUUUGAUCAAAUGCCGGAGAAGACCACUGUAGCAUGGAAUUCCAUAAUUGCUGGCCAUGCACUUCAUGGUUAUAGUGAGGAAGCUCUUUGUAUAUACUUUGAUAUGCGUGAUAGUGGUGCUAAAUUGGACCAUUUUACUAUUUCAAUAGUGAUAAGAAUUUGUGCAAGAUUGGCAUCAUUUGAACAUGCAAAACAAGCUCAUGCUGCAUUAGUUCGUCAUGGUUUUGGCACAGAUAUAGUGGCCAACACAGCACUUGUUGACUUCUAUAGUAAAUGGGGUAGGAUGGAAGUUGCUCGAAAUGUUUUUGACAGGAUGCGCCGCAAGAAUGUUAUAUCUUGGAAUGCAUUGAUUGCUGGAUACGGUAAUCAUGGUCAGGGGGAAGAGGCAAUAAAAAUGUUUGAGCAGAUGCUUCGAGAAAGGAUGAUUCCAAAUCAUGUCACUUUCCUCGCUGUAUUAUCUGCUUGUAGCUAUUCAGGAUUAUUUGAACGAGGUUGGGAGAUUUUUCACUCUAUGAGUAGAGAUCACAAGGUUAAGCCCAGAGCAAUGCAUUAUGCAUGUAUGAUUGAACUUUUAGGUCGAGAGGGGUUACUAGAUGAGGCUUUUGCACUAAUAAGAAGUGUUUCUUUCGAACCAACAACAAAUAUGUGGGCAGCAUUGCUGACAGCAUGCAGAAUGAAUGAGAAUUUAGAGCUUGGGAAGUUUGCAGCUGAAAAACUUUACGGGAUGGAGCCUGAAAAACUGUGUAAUUAUGUAGUACUUCUGAAUAUAUACAACAGUUCUGGCAAAUUGAAGGAAGCUGCUGGUGUUUUACAGACGUUAAAGAAAAAGGGUUUAAGAAUGCUUCCAGCUUGUAGCUGGAUUGAAGUCAAGAAACAGCCAUAUUACUUCCUUUGUGGAGAUAAAUCUCACACCCAAACAAAAGAAAUAUACCAAAAAGUGGACAACCUGAUGGUCGAGAUAUCUAGACAUGGUUAUGUUGUGGAGGACGAAACUUUGCUUCCUGAUGUGGAUGAAGAGGAACAGCGCAUUCUAAAAUACCAUAGUGAAAAGUUGGCAAUAGCUUUUGGCCUGAUCAACACUCUAGAUUGGACACCUUUGCAAAUUACUCAGGGCCAUCGUGUAUGUUUUGACUGCCAUAAUGCAAUUAAACUUAUAGCCAUGGUUACAGGACGAGAAAUUGUUGUAAGAGAUGCUAGUAGAUUUCACCAUUUUAGAAAUGGGAGUUGUUCUUGUGGCGAUUAUUGGUGAUGAUGACAAAAUUGUGUCAUUCUAGUCACAGAUACCUGUAAACUGAGUAGAGCUUCUUGUUAACUCACCCCCUCCCCUUGCCCCCAAACUUAGCCUCACUUUUGAUUAGGAUACAAUUCUACAAUACGUGUA